AGAGGAGUGAUGGUUUUUGUGGGUGGAGGUUUACGCAAGCCACAUUAUACCCGCCACCCAACCUCCGCUGCCCUCCCCCCUUCUUUUCUCUCUCUCCUCUGUUCUUCCCCCCUUUCCCAAUUAUUUUAGCCUCUUCCUCUGUCUCUGUUCCCCCAUUCCCAAUCCCUUCCAUUAUAUCUUCUUCACCUUCUUCCACUUUUCUCUGUCCUUUCUGAUUUCUUCUUCACUUCUAACGGACUAGCUCUCUUCAAUUCACCUGGGUUUUUCUUUUUCUGAUUUGGGUUCAUUCGAUUUCACACAAAAUUUCUUUCCAUGGGUAACAUUGGUAGUAGCGGUUCCAAUACCCGGAGAAGGCACGGUAGCCGCCGGGGCGGCCACCCGACUCCGCCUCCACCAGCCCCACCACAGCCCGAGAUUACAAGUAAUCGGUACGUUUUCGCUGCCGCUACGCCUUACCCAUCUCAAUACCCCAACCAUCCGAAUCACCCACCGCCGUAUUACCAGUAUCCUGGUUACUUUCCGCCGCCGCCGCCUGGUCCGCCGCCGUCGAUGCCGAUGUCUUUGCCGCCUCCUUACGAUCACCACCACCGUGGAGCCCAUCCCCACAUGGAUCCCGCGCAUUGGGUCGGUGGGAGGUACCCUUAUGGCCCUCCUAUGCCGCCUCAAACGCCGUAUGUUGAGCACCAGAAGGCGGUUACCAUACGAAACGAUGUCAAUCUCAAGAAGGAAACUCUUAGGGUCGAGCCUGAUGAAGAAAACCCCGGCCAAUUCCUUGUAGCAUUCACGUUCGAUGCCACCGUCGCCGGAAGUAUCACCAUCUUCUUCUUUGCAAAAGAAGGUGAAGAUUGCAACUUGACUCCCGUAAAAGAAGACAUUCUUCAACCAGUAACUGUCCAUUUCGAACAAGGCCUUGGACAGAAGUUCAGACAACCUUCUGGAACAGGAAUAGAUUUCUCAAAGUUUGAAGAGUCAGAAUUUCUGAAAGUAAAUGACACGGAUGUCUAUCCACUGGCAGUGAAAGCUGAGGCUUCCACUGACAGCCAAACUGGCCCAGAUGGUACCUUGGUACCUGAGCCCAUGAAUGCUCAGAUAACCCAGGCUGUGUUUGAGAAAGAUAAAGGUGAAUAUCAGGCAAGAGUGCUGAAACAAAUCCUGUGGGUCAAUGGUAUGAGAUAUGAGCUGCAGGAGAUAUAUGGCAUUGGAAAUUCAGUCGAGGGCGAGGUCGAUGGAAAUGACCCCGGAAAGGAAUGCGUCAUUUGCUUGUCUGAACCACGGGACACGACUGUACUUCCCUGCCGACACAUGUGCAUGUGUAGUGGUUGUGCUAAGGUGUUGAGGUUCCAGACGAAUCGAUGCCCGAUUUGCAGACAACCAGUCGAUAGGCUCUUAGAGAUAAGGGUCAGCAAUGGGCCAGAAGAAUAAAGAACGGUACGAGUAUCGUCUCAUCAUAAAACAAACUCUGUACAGCACUGCUUUUGUUGCAUUUCUUUUUGCAUCAUCUGAACUGAUUCUCUUUCCCUCGAAUUCUCUACCUGCUGUUCUAAAUAAUCAAGAAGGAAAGCUUUAAGUUUAUAACCAGCGCGUUGUGUUUUGUGCCAAGGAAAAACAAAAGGAAAGAAACUGUAAACAGUUGUGCUUGUAUUCUCAUGAUCUCGAAAGUCUCUAUUGUAUACAUGAGCUGAGCCAUGUUUUAUUUGUUUGUA